CCGCAGUCAGCUGCUGUGUGAGGUGCACUUCAUCCAUCGCUUUGCCAGAGACAGCAAGAGGAGGAGAGGAAGUAAAACACAGCACACUCAGGAGCAUCAUGGCACCGAUUGGAUUAAAGGCGGUCGUUGGAGAAAAGAUUAUGAACGAUGUUAUUAAGAAGGUGAAGAAGAAGGGAGAAUGGAAGGCUCUGAUAGUGGACCAGCUCAGUAUGAGGAUGCUCUCCUCUUGUUGCAAAAUGACCGACAUCAUGACAGAGGGCAUCACUAUUGUUGAAGACAUUAACAAGAGAAGAGAGCCUCUGCCCUCCUUGGAGGCCAUUUACCUGAUCACCCCCACUGAGAAGUCUGUGCAGAUGCUCAUUAAUGACUUCAAAGAUCCCCAUUCAACGAAAUAUAAAGCGGCUCAUGUGUUCUUCACUGACUCUUGCCCGGACCCCCUGUUUAAUGAGGUGGUCAAGAGCCGGGCCUCUAAAACCGUUAAAACCCUGAAUGAGAUCAACAUCGCCUUCCUGCCCUAUGAGUCCCAGGUGUUCUCUCUGGACAACCCUGAUGCCUUACAGAGCUUCUACAGCCCUCAUAAGACACAGCUGAAGAACCCUGUGAUGGAACGACUGGCCGAGCAACUGGCCACACUUUGUGCCACACUAAAGGAGUACCCUGCUGUACGAUACCGAGGGGAAUACAAAGAUAAUGCCACUCUGGCUCAGUUGCUUCAAGACAAACUGGACGCCUACAAGGCAGAUGAUCCCACUAUGGGUGAGGGUCCAGACAAGGCCCGCUCUCAGCUCAUUAUUCUGGAUCGAGGUUUCGACCCCGUCUCCCCUGUCCUACAUGAGCUUACCUUCCAGGCUAUGGCAUAUGACCUGCUGCCCAUCGAGAACGACGUCUACAAGUAUGAGACCAGUGGCAUAGGUGACUCUCGCGAGAAGGAAGUCCUGCUGCAUGAAGACGAUGACCUCUGGGUGGCGCUACGACACAAACAUAUCGCAGAGGUGUCUCAGGAGGUGACACGCUCCUUGAAGGAAUUCUCUGCCAGUAAACGGAUGAACACUGGAGAGAAGACCACCAUGAGGGACCUGUCUCAAAUGCUCAAGAAGAUGCCCCAAUAUCAGAAAGAGCUCAGCAAGUACUCAACCCACCUGCAGCUGGCUGAGGACUGCAUGAAGAACUACCAGGGAACCGUGGACAAGCUGUGCCGUGUAGAACAGGAUCUUGCAAUGGGAACAGACGCAGAGGGUGAAAAGAUUAAAGACCCCAUGAGGGCCAUCGUGCCAAUCUUGCUGGACGCCAACGUCAGCACCUAUGACAAGAUCCGCAUCAUCCUGCUCUACAUCUUCCUCAAAAACGGGAUCACGGAGGAGAAUCUUAACAAGCUGAUCCAACACGCCCAGAUACCUCCCGAGGACAGUGAGAUCAUCACCAAUAUGGCUCACCUGGGUGUCCCCAUCAUCACAGAUUCCACCCUCCGCAGAGGCAAAAAGCUUGAUCGUAAGGAGCGUGUGAGCGAGCAGACCUACCAGCUUUCUCGCUGGACCCCCCUGAUUAAGGACAUCAUGGAGGAUGCUAUCGAAGACAAGCUGGACACCAAACAUUAUCCGUACAUCUCAACACGCUCAUCCUCUUCCUUCAGCACUUCUGCAGUCAGUGCCCGAUAUGGCCACUGGCACAAGAAUAAAACCCCUGGAGAGUACCGCACAGGCCCACGCAUCAUGGUUUUCAUCAUUGGAGGCAUGUCCUUUAGCGAAAUGCGCUGUGCCUAUGAGGUCACACAGGCCAACGGCAAAUGGGAGGCCAUCGUUGGUUCUACUCACUCGCUCACCCCCACCAAAUUUCUAAUGGACCUGCGGCAUCCCGACUUCCGAGAAUCCACUAGGGUAUCCUUUGAGGACCCUGACCCCUCAGACGAGUGAGAGAGAGAAAGAGGGAAGGGUGGGAGAGAGAAAUCACACUGAAAAAGUUCGACCCAUGUCGUCUCCCCCACCAUGCUUCUCGACACUCUCAAGGCCAUGAACAAACCUGAUGAGGAGCAGACAAGCUAAAAUCACAAUUCCCCCACCCCCUCACCCUACCUUCAACUGUUACCCUCACCUGCUCCUAUAUAAAUUGUGUAUGCAUCUUGCUUGAAAGUAAAAAAAAAAAAAAAAAGAAGAUUGGUGACAAAAUAACAUUAUAUAUAUAAAAUAUAAAACUAAUAUAUAUAAAUAUAUAUAUAUAUAUAUAUAUAUAUAUAUAUAUAUAUAUUAGUAUGUUAAAAUAAAUUAAUCAUUGCAAGUAUUCUGUUUUACAAUGGAUGCAAAUGAUUAGACUGUCAAACUGAAUUAUAAUUAUCAAUCGCCAUUUAAAAACCUGAAAGUACCAAAUGUAAUAUUGUAUGUUAUGGAACCUGCUAGAAUUUUUAAAUGGUAGAUCACUCUUUGCAUUUGUUCCUUAUUUAACUCGGUAUGUUUUUAAUGGUUUAAUGGUAGGUGGGGAUGGGACUGGUUUGUAUACAAACAGACCAGUAUGGCAAAAUUACGCAUAUCACUUCCGAUGCUGAAGGCUAAACUUCCGCCCAGUUUAGAUGCUUGGGGUUUUUAGAUGUAGUCUUUAUUUUAGGUGUGCAUGCUACGGACGCUACUAUGUGGACCUUUUGACACUGAAAAUAAAAAAAAAAAAAACCCAUGUUAAGAUGUGUAAAAAUGAAACAAUGAGCAUCUUCUGGGACUUCAGUGGUGAAGAGGAAGGAGGCCAACGGAAUAAAAAGUGAAAGAGACACUGUGCAUAGAUAGCGGAUGUCACCCUUCCUUCAGUCAUUGGGAGCAUUUCCUUUCUGCAUCCUUUUCACGUCUCCUUCUGCAGAGACCUCAUGAUUUAGUGUCAAGAAGGCCGUUGCUUGCAAAUGUUUAAGAUAUUCAAAAAAAGGGCCAGUUGUAUUUCAGUAUUGUAUCUUGUCCGAUUAAGUCUUUAUCAUUGGUUAGGUAUCAAUGUUUAACCGGACCAUGCACUGAGUAGCGUGUUGAUGUAUAUGCCAUAUGUUACUGUUUUUCCGUCUUAACUGUUGAUUGGUGCGAAUUUCUAACUGUGUAGUAAAACUUUCCUUUGCCAAUGUGAAUCCACUGUGUUUGUGACAUAUUAGCUGUAGCUGUAGUGAUAAACUGGGAAACAAUAGGUAAUAUCUAUCUUUUGUUUGUCUGUCUGAUUAUUUCUGGUGCAGUGUUAUAUCUUCCAAUGGUGAAUGGCUUUGCAAAGAAACACAACCCACUUUUAAACAUUUCAGUUUCCUCUACUCUUCUGGCAGACAGGUUGUAUAUUGCACUACGCGUUUUCUGUGAUGCAAACACUUAUAUGGUUCUCUCUUUUUUAUUUUUUAAUUUAUUACCUUAUUUUGGUUUGCUGUUGUAUCGCACCUACUGUGUCCACUGAAUUGAUUUCUAUUACAUUUAUUUUUCAGAGAAUAUCAAUAAAUAAGAACGUAGUUCGUCCUAAACCUGUUGAACUUACUGGGAUUCUAUGUUUGCGAGUGCUGAAGCACAAACUAAAGUAUACAUUAUGUGUACCGAUAUACUAAGGCUGUCUAAUAAAUUGGCUUCCAAUACAAA